AUGUCCACGCCCGCAUCUACAUCGACAUCCGCAUCUGCAUCGACUGCUAGACGUCAGAUCCCAUACCAACCGCGCUCAUCCCCUUCUACAACUCCCUUUCCCUAUACUGCCAGAGAUCUUGAACCGAUGGACAAUUCAUCAGAUGAGAUAUUCUAUUCGGAACCUCGCUUUGUGACUCAUAUCGAUGAUGGAGCAAUAAUCGCCUUACGAUCCUAUUUCGCGGAGGUAUUACCUACAUCCAAAGGCUCGAAAAUACUAGAUAUGUGUACAAGUUGGAUCAGUCAUUAUCCAUCGGAGAUAGAGAAGGCUGUCGAAGAUGGAAUCAUCGAAGUAGUAGGAAUAGGUAUGAACAAUGAAGAGAUGAAAUAUAAUAAAGUUUUAAAAGGGAAAUACAUAGUCAAAGACCUUAAUCGGGAUCCAACUGUAUCUGGUUGGCCAGGUGAUGAAGAAGGAGAAAGUGAGAUGUUGGAUAGUACGACGUGUACUGUAUCUAUCGAUUAUAUAACGAAACCAUUAGAAGUUCUUACGAGUCUUAGAGCAAGGACGAAGAAAGGUGGAAGUGUACAUUUGAUCAUCAGUAAUAGGUGUUUCCCCAGCAAGGUUGUUGGCAGAUGGAUGGGUAUAUAUGAGGAUGAUAGGUUGAAUAUGGUUGGAGAUUAUCUUGCUUGGAGUGGAUGGAACGGGAUUGAGAUCUUGGUGUUGAAAGAGGGUUCGAGGUUUACGAGAGGGGAUCCCUUGUGGGUGGUGAGAGGGUAUAAAGAGUGA